GCCACGGCCGCACAGUCGCCAGUUGAUUCGCCAUCAGACUGCCGUAGUUUAUUUUCGGAGUUUCACGAUGAUACAGCGGUGAUACGAAGAAAAAAUUUGUGAUUUAAAUAGGUUUAGUGAUUUUUAUAUCGUGUUGAUGGCUGUUUCCGAGAUGUGAAAAAAGUGUAAUAUAUAUUGUUAUAACCGUAAAACGGACUUCUUUAUAAAGUUUUUCCAGAAACAUGUCACUGCCGAUGCUACGCCGUUGUUGCGGGUGUAUCUCGUUAGAAAGGGGAUGCCUUCUACUAGCUAUAAUUUCUAGUGUGAGCUGUAUAUUGUACAUAAUAGCGGGAUGCUGGAACCUCCCACAGCAUAUGGAAAGAGAAAAAGAAGAUAAUCUUAUAUCCAUGACAAUGAUCAUGUUUUCAUCGCUUUCCCUCAUCAGUAACUUGUUUGUUCUAAUCGGUAUUGCAAGGAGGCGACCGAACUAUCUCCAACACUCUCUAAUGUGCAACUCCAUGUUCAUACUCUGUAUCUUCCUUGUGGUGACAGUAACUUGUAUAUAUAGUCCAGAGUUCAAACCCUAUAAACAAUCCUCAGUGAAUAUUGUCCUUAUUGUAAUUGCCUGGCUAUGUGGAGCUGCUUACUCAAUGUACUAUUUGAUAAUAGUGAACAGUCUUUAUUUAAAAAUGAAGUUUUCAUACAGUGAAACUGGCUUGCCUAUGUAAACUGGCUGUUUGCAUUUAUUCUUGUCGAAACUGCAACGUUCCAAUAAGAUUCACGCUACCAGGAACAAUAUGGUAGAGGGUCUACUGGUGAGGUCAAUGGCCUAGAAGCUACGUAAAGAAACUGCAGACUACUGCUACGAGAUGGCGCUAAAAUAUAUUUGUAUAGUACAAGAUAUAGUUCUCUGUACGUGAGUUUGCAAAUAUAAUAGGCAUUUUUAUUGACUUUUGUAAUUAAAUUAUUUGCGUGUACGUGCUAAAAUACGUGCCGAGAUUUGUAUUAUAUCAAAUUAAGAGGUUCUAAAAAUUGAAUCGAUAAAAUUUUACACUGUUUUAUUUAAGUACUCACUCAUCACUUUUAAUCAAAUUUUAUAUACACUAUGAUGAAACGGCCAGCUAGAGGAUUAACAAAACAGUAUAAUUAAAUUGCUUUGUGGUUAAGUGUACAUCGCUUAUGUCAUGUGUGAUAUUUUAACUAAGCCAAAACUAAAUAUAACGUAAACUAGU